GCACUGUUCCGAAUCGGAAACAGCUCUUGUCGCCAUGUUUGCCGACGGCUCGUUCUUUCUCGGGUUGUCGUAAACGUCAACAACACGCACGUUCCUGAGGUGGAUUAAAUUUUCCAUUUUAGCAGCCCAUUCCACGUCUUAAAAUGCCGCAGGAAAUCAAGGAAGUGAAAGACUUCCUCAUCAAGGCCCGCAGGAAGGAUGCCCGUGCCGUCAAGAUAAAGAAGAACGAGACGAACACGAAAUUCAAGAUCCGCUGCUCCCGGUACCUGUACACGCUGGUGGUGAAGGACAAGGAGAAGGCCGAGAAGCUGAAGCAAUCCCUGCCACCGGGCCUGCAGGUUAAGGAAGUGAAGUGAAGUGGUUAACGAUGCUGCUUAACUCUUGUGUACGGGCGGUCACCGGUUGAUGCCGCUGGUGACUGGUUGCUUGACCGCGAGAAGUAAUGUGAUCGGUUUCGUUCAUUUGGUCUUAUUCUUGUCUGCACGAUAUUGAAAAUGCAUUGUGAAGCCUUGUUGCUUCUAUCGCGCUGGUGAAUAAAGAUUAUGUGAUGAAAUCGACGGAAA